GUGCUUCCUUUUCGUGGCGGGCCACCUUACAACUUUCCCCAUGUUUCUUAUGCGCUUCCUUUGAGAUACCUCGUCUAUAAUGUUUUCUUCGAAACCGGUCUGGCACCUUCCAGUCGCUCUUUUGGCAGUUUCUUUCCUUCUGUAUGCGUCGAUCGGAUUGUGGUUUAGCGAAUGGAUAUCGGACGGGUUCCGCCGCCGGCCGCCUAACGCACUUGACGUCGUUCUCUCUCCUACGACUAUCGACGCGCUUUACGAAGAUGACCGCUUACAUCACGCGAUACUCUCCUUGACGGAGACCGUCGCGAAGGCGUCGACGAAAUAUGGGGAUUCGUAUAGGUUGGAGGGCGUGAAGAGUUUUGGGAAGGAUCUCACUGAGGACGUUGCGCGGUUGAGAGUCACGCAGGUGCAAAAGAGGAGGAAGAGAGGGCUACUGGAGGAUCUGGGAAGCCUAAUAACAGGAGGUGGUGGGGAUGGCCAGCAGGGGCAGGAUCAGGGGGGUUUGCUAUCUGAGCUUGGAAAUGCGCUUGGUGGAAAUGGCACCGGAGGUCUCGGUGGCCUUCUUCAGCAGGGCCUCGCUGGGAUCGGAAACUCGCUCCUCGAAGGAGCGGCAACUCCUGCGUACUUUCUCGGUAUCGGUAUUGGCAUGGGCGCAGAAACCGGUCUCAACCUCACCGACAUGGAACAAGCGCAAGCCAUAGCCACAAAGGUUGCCGCGUCUUCGAACUCUCAGCCCACCGGCCUCAAUCUCAUUGCACAAAACCUUGGAUCUGGUCUCGCCGGUCAGCUCACGCCGGCUCUGGGGAACCUUGGCGGCGACGUCGACGUAGGAAUGGCGGUAUUUGCGCUCGCUCAAGGCAUUGGGCAGGGAAGUGCGAGCGGGCUUAACCUCACCAGUCAGCAGUUUGGGCCCUCAAAUGCCUCUGAUAUUAUGGGAAUUGCCAAGAAUUUUGGACUGGGGGUUUCCGAGCCGAUAGCUGGGAGCAUCAAUUUCCAGCAACUGCUCGGCCAGGGCGGUGGCAGCGACAUUAUGGCGCAGAUUCCGCAGAUUGCGGCGGCCGCGGGUCAGGGUCUUGGUGAGGGCGCGAGCAAUGGGCUGGGGCUUGCGAAGGCGGGCAACACAAGCAGUUUAUCGAGACGACAAGCAGCAACCGAUCCCAGCCAGCUCGACGUUCCAGGAACAGUCAGCGACUUCACCCGGGGUCUCAGUCAGGCAUUUCUUGGGUCGGCGGAUCUUAGCAAGCUCGGCCUUGGUGGGGGUCUUAACUUCAGCCUUGACUCCACUGCGCUGGUCUCGCUAGCAUCCGGGGCUGGGAAGGGCAUUGGCGAAGGUGUAGCCAUCGGCCUCAACCUGACAGCUGCGGGCAACGUAACCAGUCCUGCGACGGGCGGCGCAGGCGCCAACGAGCAAGAGCAGAUCGCAGAGCAGUUUACGCAAGGCUUGGUCGCGGCUCUGUUGCAAAAUGGCGGCACGACAUUCCUCCAGAACGCCAUAUCCUCCCAAGGACUAACGAAGACUAUCAGCCCAGCGAAGGCUGCCGAAGGUGCCGCACGUGGGCUUGUGGAAGGCAGCGUCAAUGCGCUGUCUAUGGCUGGUGGCGUCAAGAAAGUUCUGGCUGGUGACUUCUCCCCACAGCUAGCCAUGAAUUUGCCGUCUAUGCCGCCCUCUACAUUCGACGACUCCGUGAACGGCUCGGCUGUGGCGUUUGCGAGAGGGCUCUCCGGCGAGGGCACCUUACUUAUCGCGCAGCUUCUCAAGAACAGCUCCUUACUGUCGCCCUCCAAGCGCAGCAUUGACACGAGUGAGAGUGGAGUAGUCCCAUACAACCACUUGAAUCGCCGAGCCGACGCUACACCACUUGCCGUCGACAGCCAGACCAUACAAGGGGUCCUACAGGUGGGCACUAAUGCAAUCACGUGCCAGGGCUUUGGCGGUCUGGCCUCUCUUGCGCUUGGAUUGAAAAACAGUGGUACACUCAACAUUCAAGGGAGUGGAACACCGCUGGAUAAUUCCACUCUCGCGGCGUUGCCGAAGGAACCGAUCUCCAUCACUUCAGAGGGCAACAAAUUCACGAUCCAGAUUCAGGAAGGAUCGAUCACGGUUAAUGGACUGAAGUCUCUCCCCUUUAUUGUAUUGACUGCACUACACGUCCUCCUCACCACAUUUGCCUUCUUCUACGCUCUCCCUGCGUAUCUCGCCCUCGGCGCUCUCUUUCGUCUCUCCCAGCUCAUUGGUCAUCCGUUCAACGAAGCAUCAAACAAGAAGUGGCGCAAGAUAAUUCUACUAGCCGUUUUCACGCCCUCGGCUCUUCUUGGCAUGAUCUUUGGUAUCGUCGGGAUGGGAAAGGCGCAACACUUCCGCACCGCGCACGGCAUAUUCGGCCUUCUAGCCCUUCUCAUCAUCCCGCCAACAGUCAUAACCUCAUUUAUGCGUCUCCGCACUGCCAUACCACCGCCGCCCUCAUCAGCGUUCCUCGGCCUCAAGCAGAUCCCUCAGCUCAUCAAAGGUCCCCACAAAAUCCACCUCAUCAGCGCAUUCCUCGUCCAGCAGACACUCGGUUUCGGCAUGAUUGCCUUCAUCCAGGGCUUCUCCGACCUGCGUUCCAUCUCGCUCUGCAUCGUCGACGCAGUGCUUACGGCACCCAUCGUCGUCGGCCUCAUAAACGUAGUCGUCUUCCUGCAAAUGAGUGCGAUGGCGUUACUUGGUGUGAGAGUGUAUCUAGAGCAGCGAAUCGCUAAAAAGGAGAAGGAGGGCGCUGGGAACAGCAGUGGUCCUGGAGCAGAGAAGGGCGAUGUGAAGAGAAGCGAUACGAUGAGAACCUUUGGCUUCGACAGCCCGCCUCCGGGGGAGCGCCCAACCUUCCAGCAGAGGAAGACCGCGGAGCUACUCGGCCGCGAGGACAGUAAGAUCGGAUGGCCGAGCAACGUGCACAAGGUCGGCGACGAAGACGGAGUUCCCGACCGUCGCGCUUCGUCGAUGAGUACCAAUCCUUUCGUCGAUCCGGCUGAGCAGGCUCAACGCUCCCCCGCAUCACCGCGUGUGUACAACCCCAAACUCGGGGGCUACGUGGAGUCGCCUACUUCUGCCUACCCGGGGAACUACGAUCGAAACGACCAAACGUAUGCUCAGAACCGGCCCUCUUCCGAGCUCGAACCACAAGGCCAAUACAUCGCUUACGCGCCGCCGCGACCCAGCGAGGACCAGAGGGGGAAGACGGUAGAGAGCUUCAGCCGCCCGCUGACCGGCAAGCCGAGCGGCGAGGAGAUGAGAGUCAAGUACGAGAGCUUGAUUAGAGAUGGGAUGGGGAAGGAUGAUGGGCCUUAUGGAUAUGGCCGGUAGUGUGGUCAUGCAUUCAUUCGUUCUCUGUCGCUACGUAUUCCAGUCGUGUAUAUAGUGUC